GAUUGAGGAAGUAGGAACUAAUCUUCUAGUGGCUCCAGUGCUCCAGUAUUGCGCGUGGUCAGUCAAUUAGCGAGUCUGACGAUCUCGCGUGGCUUUUGCCGACGUCAUUUUACUGUGAUGCUCAUCGAGUUGCGAUGUCCCUCUUCGUACAGUUCGGCACCGUACUAUUUGGCGUGUUCUCCUUAAUUCUGGUUAUGCCGCCGACCAAUGGUUUCUCUUACGAAAAUUUGCCCGCGGUCGCGAUGGACUACAAGGUGCAUGUUGACGCCGGCAAGGAGGACUGCUACUUCCAAUAUGUAAAUCCGGGUGCAACAUUUUACGUCAGCUUUCAGGUCUUGCGUGGUGGAGAUGGCAAAGCUGGUUUCGCAGUAAGAAAUCCAGAAGGAGUCAUAGUUUAUCCUUAUCAAUGGCGCCCUAACGCUGAUUAUCAGGAUCAAUCGUUAAAUGGUGGUUAUUAUAGUGUAUGCAUUGAUAACCAGUUUUCAAGAUUUGCUGCAAAAUUAAUCAAUCUGUACAUCACAGUGAUUAGGUAUGAUAAGUGGCAGAAAUAUACACAGGAAUUAGAAGAACUGAAUCUUUCUGUCGAGAACUUUACGAGUACAAUCGUGAAUGUGGAGAAAAACAUUAAUGAGAUGCUUCAUACUCAACAUUGGAGUAGAAGCAGAGAAGCAAGAGAUUUGAAUCUACUGUUGGACAAUAAUUCUUAUGUGCAAACAUGGUCGAUCGCGCAAGUAACUGUCAUUACGUUGACAACUAUGAUCCAAGUAUAUUUCGUCAGAAAAUUGUUCGACGUGAAACCGUCUGGACAUUCCAAGACACGCAUUUAAUACUGAUGUAUCGCAGUCAAUUGUUUGCUUGAUAAGAAUACCAUUCAAUACAUGUUGUGAUAAAUCUAUCAAUUGAUCAAUAUCGUAAUCAGUUUAGAUAAUGGCAUAAUUAUAACGUAUAAGCGACUUGAUUAAUAAAUUUUUAAUUAACGAUUUUGAAUAUUCAUUAUUGAUUGAUAUAUUUAUAUGUUAUUUUUAUGCCAUUGAAAAUUCAUGUGCAAUGAUUUUUUUAGAGACUAUCUGAACGUCAAAAAUAUGAUGAGACAAGAAAUUCAAAAAUUUUCUGAACAUAUAUUUUUUUAUGAGUAAAUAUAUUUGAUUUUAUAAAUAUCUUUGGACGAACAUUAGUCUCAAAUAAAUGGAAACAAACUUCUAAUUCGCAAAAAUGUAAUGAAAAAUUCAC